CACACAAGCGCAUACCACAACCACCGAGCGCGCCGGCAGUGUUCGGUUGAAAACCGCCCCGUAGUCACACGCGUGGCGACCCGAGAGCGAAGUGUCUCCUCCGAUGAUGCGCCGCGUAAAAGAUUAAACAAAAAUAAUUAAUUAUGGAGAAGACGUUCUUCAACGAGUCACAUUUACCAGACGACGGGUUUUCGUCCAUAGCUACGUCACUAAUGGCCGCCCACAUGAUACUCGUGGCGGUUAUCGGCACCACUGCGAACUUAUGCGUUUUCCUCGCUCUUUCCGUGGGCCAUAAGGUGUCCAACAACCUUUUGCUGCUCAACCUGUGCGUCGCCGACAGUAUGGUGUGCAUCAUUAGCGGACCGUUGACGGUGCUGUCUUGGGAGUGGCCGGCACUGUCGUCGUACGCCAUCGUCAACGCUGUACAGUACAUACCGGUGGCGGCCAGCACGCUGAGCCUGAUGACGCAGUCGAUCGACCGGUACUCGUCCAUCAAACACCCGCGGCACAACAGGUUGCACCGGGACAAGCACCCCGCGUACCUCGUGUCCGGCGUGGUGGCCGCGUGGACGGUGGCCGUGGUCGUGUCGGUGCCGCGGUACGUGUGGCCGGUCCACCGGCUGAUGGCGGACAUGCGGUGGACGCGGUACUACGAGACGUGUUACGUGGCCGUCGUGUUCGCCGUGCCGUGGGCCGCCGUGGCGUUCAGCCAGCGGGCCGUCAGCAGGACGCUGUACAUCACUUCACUGAAGGCGGCCGCGGCCCGCGGACAGUUGCCGUUGCCCAUGCCCAUCAUGACCGCCGAGUGCAAGCAAGUGAUCCUGGUGGCGUCCAUACAGAAGAACACCACUGUCCAGUCCAAGGUGACCAACGACGUCGCGGUACAACAACAACCGCAGCAACAGCCGCACUCGUCCCAUCAGCAGACGCAACACGAACAGCAACAGCUACAAGCGCAACAGCAACAGAAACAAAAACAGCGUCCCACGCCGAGCGCUCGGAGCCGGAAACGGUUGGCCAAAGUGUUGGUAGCGCUGGCCGGGGUGUUCGUCGUCUGUUGGCUACCGUACGCCGCCGCGUUGCUCUACACCAAUUGGUUUUAUUCGUCGCCGCAAGACGGUAACGAAGACGACGGCAGCGGCGGCGGUGAGGGCAGACCCGCAAUCCACCGGUUGGCCACCGUGGCCGCUGUGCUGCUGGGCCAUGCCCAUUCGGCCGUCAACCCCGUGGCGUACUGGUGGCUGAACCGGCACACGUUGCGCGCCUGUCCGUGGUGCUGUUCGUCCGGCGAUCAGUUCGACGACGACGACGACGACGACGGCGGCGGCGGCGCAGGAUUCGGAUGCGGACCGUUGGGCUGCAUCGUCAACGGGGCCGCGAUGGCGUUCGGUUGCGGCCGGGGCGACGGCAGUUGCGGCGGCGGCGGCGGCGGCGGCGGUGCUGUGAACUGCGCCGGCGGCACCGGUUGCAGGCAGUCGCAAAACCACACGCCCACCAGGCUCAACCGGUUGCUGUUCCACCGGCAGCCCAACAACCAUCAGCGCAGCCGCCAACCGUCGUCCACCAACGAGGCGGCCCUGGGACCGUUCAACCCGCGGUUCGCCACGCCGAAGAAGCGACCGCAACAGUUGCCCGUCGUCAAGAAUCCCGUCAUGCUGUAUUACGCCUGAACGGCGGCGGUUCGCUUCCGCACGCGUCACGCGACACCCAGUCCACCCGCACCAUGCACACCGCCGUGCGACUUGCGGAAGAGUCUGACCGAGACGACCGUGACAAGCGUCGACCUGUACCGUUAUCGCGUCCACGUCCGACGCGUUUCGUCUACCUCUCUGCGAUCGUUCCGGUCCGCCAAACCGCCGUCCGCGCACCGCGACGCCUCGCGGUGUGUCCGCGGUCAAGGAAGAGUCGGCCGGUACGGCCUCGGGACUCAGACUCGGAGACUCGGACGAUCGAACACCGUGCGCGCACACGAUGGCGAUGCGACCGUUUUCGCGAUCCCGACCCGACCCGCCGGCUAUCCUUGCAGGACCGCGCGAAUUCGUUCGGAUUCGGGUGUCGUGUAGUACCUAUACCGUGAAUAAUUACCAAUACGUUAUGUAUCGUAUUUCAAACGAUAACGGGACGGCUACGACUAUAGAGUUGAAUGGGGGGGGGAGGGGCUCCACGAAUUCGGCCGCCCAAAGUGAAAAUUUUUUCUCCGAAUUUUCUCAAUUAUUCGCCCAGAUUUUUGAACUUUGACCGUGCAAAAUUAUCAUACGCAAUUGGCCAACUUUUUUCGGGGGAUGAUUUAAAACGGCUAACUUACAUUAUUUCCAAUUUGUGAUUAAACGAACUAACACAAAUAAUAUAAAAAUUAUUGACAACAUUUGGAGGAAAAAUUUUCAUUUUGGGCGACCGACUUCAUGGUGCUGUGGAAUGGGUGUAUUUUUUUUGUUCGUUGGUUUUUAGACAUGAUAACACGAGCAUACCGUUAACACUGUGUCGAGUAAGACGAACUGUUCUAUCGUUCACGUCCUUUGUAAGCAUGUCGCGAAUACUGAUCGGUAUGUGUAUUCUAAAACGACGCGUUUAUGGGUGUGUGUUUUUUUUAAAACAUAUUAAUUACAUUGCUGUCGUCUUGAAAAUACGUUUCUACUUCAUCAUUUCGACGUGUCGCGAUUCACGUCUUAACCGCUAGUUUAUCGUAGACUUGUUAGCGUGCGGUGAUAUAAUUGCAUUAACCGUAUUCUGUUAUUAAUAAUGCAAAUUUUAAAUGUGUUUUAAUCGAUAUUAAUUAUUCGUUAUUUGUGUAUUCGUGUUGGCCUUUUUAAAACUAUAUAUAUAUAUAUAUGAUAUGAUAUGAUAUUUGUGUAUUAUAUUGUGAUUUAUUGUUUUACAAAGUGCAAAAUACUUCGAUCGAUGUGUAUCUUUACGUCCAUUUUAAAUAUUUUUAUUGUGUAUAUUAAUAUUCGUGCAUUACAGAUUAAACGAUAAUCAUUCUAUUAUCAUUAAAAAUUCGUUGUGUGACGAUAAUAGUCGAUUUGCAAACGAAUUUAUACUGUGCACGAAGUUGUUAAAUAAGAAUUCAAAUAACGCGUAUAGCUUAGAGUAUUAUUUAUAAUUAUCUCUUCGAUAACUAUAUCCAUUUGAUAAUAGGUAGGUACGUUAAUUCAUCAAAUAAUCGAAUCGUUUGCACCUUUCGCCGCGAAAAUCAAUACAUCGCAUGCAUAACAAUUCACGAUUCUCACCGCCAUUAUUAUCUGUCAACGUUUUAUAAUAAUACGUUUAAAAACAAAUUAUCCAGCUCUACGAUUUCCAACUAUUAUACGGUUGUCGUGGACGGUAAAAAAAAAAUCGACGUUUUUGGACGUACGUGCAUAUAACUAUAUAAUAUAACAAAUGCGAUGGACUUGAACGGAUAGCCGAGCUGCUCCGAGGUUUACAUUAAAAUACAGCGUUAUACGUGAAACAAACGUCAAUAUAUAUUUUUAAACGCGUACGGAGAACGGGAAUAUACUUUGUCAAUAUACCUAGCUACAUCCGUGUGCUUUACCACAUCCGCAACGACUUUAUCUGAGCACUCUAAUAAUAUAUUAUACGAUGGAUAGCCGACAGAUAUAAAUAAAACAUUUCCGUUCAAGCGAUUCUUCUUGGUUGCCGGAAAUAAAAGUAUCGACGUGAAAACACGACGAAUACAUUAUUCGUACAUCGAAAACGCAAAAUCCUAGCUGUCGUAUAUAUUGCAUAUUAUAGUACAAAUUAAAUUGCCAUCUAUGGCAAUAGUAUUAGUAACAGCAGUAGUAUUAAUUUAUAGGCCAACGAGUCACAUAAUCGUUCCUUCUCGCGUAUUCAUAAUUAUUAUCAUAAUAUAUUAUAUGCCCAACGUAUUAAGGUACUGUUUAUAUUACACAUAUACCUUCCAAUAUUAAUCCGUAUACCGCCUACAACACACCUUCACUACACUACAGGGUCCAAUUAUUAUUAUUACAUAAUAUAUUUUCGCGUUACUAUAUUUUAUUGUUCUAUACACUCGAAUAUUUCUGUGAUAUAUUAAAUUGUAUCAUUCGGUACUCGGUAGUACAACGUUUCGAACAAUCAUUCAUCGCACUGACAAAAACAAAAUAAUACAUUUCUAUAAUAAAAAUGCUCGUUAAAGUAAUAUCGUUCAUGAUUUUCUUUUCUUUUGUUUUUUGUUUUUUUUUUUUUUGGACGUUUAUUAAUACCAUCAUCCGUGACCCACGACCACGGUACCAAUGGUUUUUACCCGAAGUCUGUUAUUGUAGGUACCUAAUUUGUCACCAUAAUGUAAUAACACGCGCAAUUAGAUAUCCAAUCGACAAUUCUUCGUCAUAUUAUAUUUCACUCAUAAAUCUCGUAUACGCAUUGGUAACUGAAAAUUUCGCGCAUUAAACACACUACGUAUCGUACGUGAAAUUAUAAGAUAAUUUUAUUAGUAUAUUAUGUAUGUAUCGUGUAUAUAAGUAUAUAAUAAUUGCUUCAUUGUUACGUCUGUUUUGUGAUUUUUGUUUCAAUCU